GUUAUAGUCUGUAGAGGGAAAAAGAAAAAAAAAAGUAACGCGCUGUGAUUUGUCGCUGGCAGUUCUUGAGAGCUUCUGUAAUGGCGAAAAAACUGGAAUCCUCAACAUCGAGGACAGUUUUGGAGUCUUUUGCACACUUUGACCUCUCAUCAAUUUCUCUCUCCUCUCAACAUUCCUUCAGCUGCCUCGCCAUUGCCACUCUCUCCAAUACUCAACUUGGAAUUUACGCCGGCACUGAUUCCGGAGUUCUCGUUCUGUUAACCCUAAAAGCGGAUUCUGAUGAUCGGAACAAGGUAAAGUUUGUGCGAUUAGUAUCAAUAAGUCAGUCUGCUAUUAAUUCUAUUUAUGUUGUUGCUCAAAUUGGUAGAGUUUUAGUUCUUUCGGACGGAUUUCUGUAUCUUGUUGAUCUUCAGUUGUUACAACCUGUGAAAAAGUUGAGUCUGAAAGGUGUUAAUGUUGUGGCUAGAAGAAUAUGGAGCUCUGAAUCUGGAAGUUGUGAUUGGAUUUAUGAGGAGGGUUUUAGUAAUAGUAGUGUGGGUGGAAGGAUUAUAAAGAAGUUAGGGGGCGGGAUGAGAUCGAAUGGGGUGAAGGUUACAGAAUUGGACUCGAACCGAUACAAUAAUGAUGGUGCCUGCCUUUUUGUGGUGGCAAUGGGGAAGAAAUUGGUGUUCGUUGAGUUGAGUAAGCAUGAUCGAGAUGUCGACGGGCAAGGUAAAUCGUUCAGGGUUUUGAAGGAAAUGAUGUGUAUUGACGGUGUAAAGACUAUGACUUGGCUUGAUGAUUCGUUAAUUUUAGGGACUGGUAAUGCAUAUAGUUUAAUGUCCUGCAUUACAGGGAAUGUUAGUUUGAUAUUUUCGCUUCCGGAUAUGACUGCUACUCCUUGUCUCAAAUUGCUGUUGAAAGAUAAGAAGGUGAUGUUGCUUGUUGACAAUGCGGGAAUUAUUGUGGAUAGUCAUGGGCAGCCUGUUGGAGGCAGCUUGGUGUUUGGUUGUGCUCCCCGUUCGAUUGCGGAGCUGUCUACAUAUGUGGUGGUAGCUGGUAAUGGAAAAAUGGAAUUGUAUCAUAAAAGAUUGGGAACUUGUGUUCAAACUCUUUCUUUUGUGGGUAGCACUGGAACGAGUAAUUGUUUUCUUGCUGAUGAGGAGGAAGUGAAUGGAGAAUUUGUUGCUGUUGCCACAUCAUCUAAGGUACUCUUCUACCGUAAGAUACCGUCUGAAGAUCAAAUCAAAGAUAUGUUAAGGAAGAAGAAUUUCAAGGAAGCGAUCUCGUUAGUCGAGGAGCUUGAGGUUGAAGGUGACAUGUCUAAAGAUAUGUUGUCCUUUGUCCAUGCUCAAGUGGGGUUCCUUUUACUGUUUGACUUGCAUUUUGAGGAAGCUGUUGAUCAUUUCUUACUGUCAGAAACCAUGCAGCCAUCUGAAAUAUUUCCAUUUGUCAUACGAGACCCCAAUCGAUGGUCUUUGCUGGUUCCCAGGAAUAGGUAUUGGGGUUUGCAUCCACCUCCAGUACACGUUGAGGAUGUCGUGGAAGAUGGUCUGUUAGCUAUCCAAAGAGCCGCAUUUUUGAAGAAAGCAGGAGUUUCAACUUCUGUAGACAAAGAGUUUCUUUUGAAUCCACCAAAUAGGGCUGAUCUUUUGGAGUCAGCUUUUAGUAAUAUAAUUAGGUACCUACAGGUUAUGCGGAAUAAAGACCUUAAUCAGGCAGUGAAGGAAGGAGUUGACACGCUUCUGAUGUAUCUGUACAGAAUCCUGAAUUGCACUGAGGAUAUGGAGAAGCUUGCAUCUUCUGAAAAUAGAUGUGUUGUAGAGGAGCUGGAAACUUUAUUAGAAGAAUCUGGGCAUUUAAGGACCCUAGCUUUUCUUUACGCAAAUAAAGGAAUGAGUUCGAACGCGUUAGCUAUUUGGCGUGUUUUAGCUAGAAAUUGUCCACCUGGCAUACAUCAAGACGCGACUGAAACAUACAGUUUGAGUGAUUCAUAUUCAAUACCAAUUUCCAGCAGGGAAACUGCUGCCAUUGAAGCGUCUAAAAUUCUUGAGGAGUCAGCUGAUGUAGAGUCGAUUCUGCAGCAUCUGGGAUGGCUUUCAGAAGUUAAUGAAGAACUUGCUGUUCGAGUUUUAACUUCCGACAAACGUACCAAUCCGCUUCCACCUGAUGACGUAGUUGCUGCUAUUGAUCCAAGAAAAAUUGAGAUUCUUCAAAGAUAUCUGCAGUGGUUGAUUGAAGAUCAAGACUCCAGUGAUACACAUUUCCAUACAUCAUAUGCUCUUUCCCUUGCCAAAACAGCUCUUGAAAGUCUGGAAACAGAUAACUCUCAGCAAGCUGUUAACAGGAGUAUCAGGGAGCCAAAUAAUUAUAUUGUUGGAAAGAAUCUGCCAUCUGAGAAUCCUGUUAGAGAAAGACUACAGAUCUUCUUACAUUCUUCUGAUUUGUAUGAUGCAGAGGAGAUUCUUGAGUUAAUUGAAGGCUCAGAGUUAUGGCUGGAAAAGGCUAUUCUAUACCGGAAGUUAGGUCAGGAAACAUUGGUUUUUCAAAUAUUGGCAUUGAAGCUGGAAGACAGUGAAGCUGCUGAACAAUAUUGUGUUGAGCUUGGGAGACCAGACGCCUAUAUGCAGUUGCUUGAUAUGUAUUUAGAUCCUCAGAAUGGCAAGGAGCCGAUGUUUAAUGCAGCCGUUCGCCUGCUUCAUAACCAUGGAGAAUCACUUGAUCCUCUGCAAGUCCUAGAGAGACUGUCACCAGAUAUUCCCCUCCAACUUGCGUCAGAAAUUAUAUUAAGAAUGCUAAGAGCUCGACUUCAUCAUUAUCAUCAAGGAAAAAUUGUGCAUAGUCUUUCACGCUCAGUGGAUGUUGAUGCUAGUCUUGCAAGACUUGAGGAGAGAGCACGAAAUGUGCAAAUUAAUGAUGAGAGCUUAUGUGAUUCUUGCCAUGCUCGUCUCGGAACGAAGCUAUUUGCAAUGUAUCCUGAUGAUUCUAUCGUCUGUUACAAGUGUUUCCGCCGCCUUGGGGAAUCUACUUCUGUAGCACGUCGAAAUUUCAAGAAGGAUCCAUUGAUUAAACCUGGUUGGCUCGUCUCCAGGUAGUUCAGCAAGAGAUGCAUUCUUCAUUUUCUUAGGUUGCUGUAGUUCGUUUUUCAGUUAUUGCUCUGUCUUGUGAGUUGCCUCCGAUCUUUGUGUGGACUACUGAGUCCUGAUGAGUCCGUGAAUUGUAAAGUUGUAACAUAUGUAUACGCUGAUGUUAUUUGUAAAAAAACUUGAAUAUGAAGCUCACUUCCCAACCAUGUAACAUAGCGAUACCUGAGGUUGAUCUACCCAGUUUUCCCAA